CCUUUUUCACUAUCAUAUGUUCAAAUAUCAUGUAAACAAGAAACUCAAGACUUCACAAGCUAUUUUUUUAAUGUGAAAAAGUCAAAAUUUUACAUUUUCUCCUGGUGGAUGUAACUUUAAAGCUGCAGAGGUAGUGACUUUGUAGUAUUACCGUGUGAGUUUCUGUUUUAACGGACCAACAUUGGCUAUCUGACGAAAUUAGGUGAUAGAUGAAUGAAAGAGAUGAACGCCAACAUGCGCCUUUUUUGUUUCACUCACCGUACUGAGUAAAAAUAUUACAAACUGCAGCUAUGGUAGGAUGCAGUCCAACGCGCCAAGGAAAUGACAACAAAGUUCAUGACUUUAACUGUCAAAGGUUGAGACAGUAUAACACAGGGUUUUGUUCUGCUUUAAAACUUUUGGAAGGCGAUGUGAGGGCUGUUUACUGUGAUUCAAGACAAUGUGAUGGAAAACCUCCAUAUUCUCCUGCACCUAAUAUAGAACUAAAACAGUUCUGUUUGUGCAAAACUUGUGCAUGCAAUGGCCCUGCCACGCCGACUCCGGGGGACUACUGUCUUGUUAAAGGGUGCAACUGUUGCAACCCUUGCUGUUGGUGUCCUCCCAAGUGUAUCUACAUCCCACCUGUAGCAGACGGGCCGCAUGAGGUGAGAACCGAGUUCUUCUACUUGAAACAAGUCCCGAAUGGGACAGACGAAGAAGGGAAUCAAAACUAUUAUUACUACGAGGAUGGCGGAUUUACGUACUUAUGCCGUCCAAGGAACUCGAGGGGACAAUGGCUCAAGACUUGCCAUAAAGCUUGUUAACGUUUAAAAAUAAUGAAAUAUAAAAAAAAUUGUA